AUGGUAGCGAGAUGGGAGGCGGAUUCUGCACGAGAUCUUAUGUAUGAAGAGAGCCCGUACACCCCUGGGCAACCUAAGUUUGGACACGACUUUAGGACAGGCCAACCAGUGGAACCACCUAAGCCAAAAGACGACUGGUCCUGGAAGGGGAAGGGUUACGGAGGAGAUAAUAGCAGAGGCUGGGGUCAGAAGAGACAAAGGGGGGGGAAUCGGGGCAGAGGUCCAAGUCUAGCUGAAAUCCCAAACGUACCUUAUGUCCCACAACCCUUUGCCCCCAGCUAUGCUACGGGCCCUUGGAUCCAAGCGAGUCCUUCGAAUUUUUCUGGCCAUUCCAAUUAUGCUGGUCCUUUGAAUCACGUAGCGCAACCUAAUUUUACUGGUUCCUCGACCCAGGGCUGGCUAGCUCAAGGACAACAGCACGUGAAUAAACAAGCAGGGGCUUCGUACAGAAGUGGUAGGAACCAGGGUAAAGGCAAAAAAAAUGGGAAAGAAACAAUUGGUAAGCACGGUCUAAAUGGGAAGGCGGGUGGCUAUGGAGUAAUUUACUUACGAUUGACUUCCCCCUCUACCCCGUGUGCUCCUACGUCAAAUUUUCCUCUAUCCCAUCCGUUCCCACUCCGGGAAAUUCCCCUUUGGUUGACCUUCAUCCCGACAAUGCCAACCGGCGUUCGUGGGUACUACUUGGAUGCUGCUCCUCAUGUGCGUUCUCUGGGGGAGAACAGUCGUGAUGUCCCAAUUGCAUUGAAACAAGAUGCCACAAGAUCAUUGAGUGCGCACAACAACGUAGAGGCUGAACCCCUGACUAAGAGAGCUGCCCUUAGGCCUUUACCAGUGCCAAUUGAACUAGACACAGAACACGGUUCAGAAGACAUGCUAGACAAGGCCUCGGAGGAAGACUCACCGGAUUCGCUGUCAGAAGAGGAGGUUACAGGACGGAAGUGA